AGGCAGUUACUAAGCAGCAGGAGUGAUGCCUCCGGCGGUGCAGUCGGGAGCGCGCCCGCCGUGACGUCGUGCUCCCCGGUGCCCCCUCCGUUUUCGCUGCUACGUCACGUCCAGAGCCGGGAGUGCGCAUCCUGAGGAGGAGGAGGGAAGAUGGCGACCUCAAACAAUCCACGGAAAUUCAGUGAGAAAAUUGCACUGCACAACCAGAAACAGGCAGAAGAGACGGCAGCCUUCGAGGAGGUGAUGAAGGAUCUGAGCAUCACCCGCGCUGCACGGUUACAGCUACAGAAGACCCAAUAUUUGCAGUUGGGACAGAACCGCGGGCAGUACUAUGGAGGGUCUCUGCCAAACGUCAAUCAGAUUGGGAACAGUGCUAUUGACCUGCCUUUUCAGACUCCUUUUCCAUCUUCUGGAUUAGAUACAAGUAGGACAACUCGACAUCAUGGUCUUGUGGACAGAGUAUAUCGAGAUCGAAAUCGCCUUGGAUCCCCACAUAGGAGGCCUUUGUCAAUAGAUAAACAUGGACGUCAAGUAGAUAGCUGCCCUUAUGGAACGGUGUAUUUAUCACCUCCUCCUGAUACAAGCUGGAGACGAACGAAUUCAGAUUCUGCAUUGCAUCAAAGUACAAUGAACCCCAGUCAACAAGAAGCCUUCAGUGGAAGCUCUCAGGAUAUUCAUCAAAAGAGAGUAUUGCUACUGACUGUGCCAGGAAUGGAAGAUAAUUCCUCGGAAAAUGAUAAAUCUCUUAACAAACAAGGAUGGGACACAAAAAAGAGUGGAUCCUCAAGGCCUAAAUCAUGUGAAGUUCCUGGAAUAAACAUUUACCCUUCAAAUGAACAAGAGAACAAUACAAGCCUUGUCCCUGCUGCACAUAACACAGGAGGUUCUCUGCCUGAUCUGACAAACAUCCACUUCCCAUCUCCAUUACCAAUUCCGUUAGACCCUGAGGAGUCUACAUUCCCAACUCUGACAAAUUCCAACAGUACUGGCAAUCUUGCAACAAAUCUAACUCACCUGGGUAUGAGCACUGCAAGCCCAGGAAUGACGACAACACAAGGAACAGUCACGUGUUCAACGCAGCAUCGGCAACAAUCGGACUCAAGAAGGCAGCAGUCCCAACAGAUGUCUCCAACUAUGUCUCCCUUGUCACCUUUAACUCAGGCAGUAGCAAUGGAUGCUUUGUCUCUGGAUCAGCAACUACCCCCCUACUCUUUUUUUACACAAUCAGUUUCACAGCAGCAAUCCCAAGUGCCAAGUGGCCUGUCUCAGAACUCAAUAAUGCAGGGCUCUGGUUUACAAAGAGGUACACAGCUCCCUCCGCUUACUGUCACAAUAUCAACUACAGUCCCACAGUCACCACCUGGCAUUCAGACUCCUUCAUCACUGGCUAUUGAUAUCAAUUCGGCCUCUCUCCAGCAGUACCGCAGUAAUGCUGGGUCCCCAGCCAACCAGUCUCCCACUUCUCCUGUCUCCAAUCAAGGUUUCUCUCCAGGCAGCUCCCCUCAACAUUCAAUUUUAGGCAGUGUGUUUGGAGAUUCCUUUUAUGACCAGCAGAUGACAGCACGGCAAACAAAUGCUUUGUCCCAUCAGCUUGAACAGUUCAACAUGAUUGAAAAUGCAAUCAGCUCUAACAGCCUUUACAGUCCUUGUUCGACCCUUAACUAUUCUCAGGCUGCUAUGAUGGGACUUACGAGUAGUCACAGCAGUUUACAAGAUUCUCAGCAGCUUAGCUAUGCCAGCCACGGCAACAUACCGAACAUCAUCCUCACAGUAACAGGGGAGUCUCCCCCAAGUUUAUCAAAGGAACUUUCCAAUUCAUUGGCUGAGGUUGGAGAUGUAAGUUUUGACUCUGAUUCACAGUUUCCAUUGGAUGAACUGAAAAUUGAUCCCUUGACUUUGGAUGGACUGCAUAUGCUUAACGACCCAGAUAUGGUCUUGACUGACCCUGCCACAGAAGAUACUUUCAGAAUGGACCGACUGUAGACAAAACACUUGCAAAUUACAAAAUAUGCUGCCCCCUGCCCCAGCUGAGCAUAAAAGUUCAGCAAGUCAGCCGUGUCUAAGGCAACUGCUGAGAGGUGUUGCUCUGUGAUGUACAAUGAGUAAAACCUUGUUGUCCCAAGCUUGCAGUGCUACAAAUCCCUCAUUGUGCAACAUGUUUUAGAUCUUGUAAUUCACUCAUUGCAGCCUGAUGAAGGACUACACAUGAAAUCCCCACUCUCACCACCAAAGUUGUCCUCGGCAAAAUGACAUAAGCACCUGUGCGGAAGUUAGGGAAUAAAAGAAGAGCUAUACAGGAAGGUUGUGGUCUUCAAGAUAUAUCCAGUAAUGCUGCAUACCGAAUAUAAACAGUGAUGAACGGAAGGCCAGAACAUAAGUUGUAAUUAGUAUUUCUAUCAAAAAUUCAACUUAGAUCUGGGAAUAUGCUGCAUGAAUACAUUUAACCAUGCUCAUGUAUUCAUAAAGGAAAAAUUCUUUUCAGUCAAGGCGAUCUGUAGCGCAGUGCUAUUUGGAGGAUGAAAGUGAUCUUCAGUGGAGACUUUCCUGUAGCUAAAUACAUCUGAUGCAAGCUUCUUUCUAUUCCAGUCUUUUAAAUUGUGUAUUUUGUUAAUUGUUUUGUUUCUCGGUCUCUUGACCCAGUUGCUGCAGGAAAAGGCCGGCAACAAUAAUGUUAAGUACUGCUAUUUAAUUUUCUAUAAUAUUUAAGUGUUUUACAGGUAUGGAGUGUUGUGAUGCUUCAUAAUGCCAAUGUUUUUUUUUUUUUUCUUAUGCAAACUGGAAGUUAAUUUCUGUAGAAUAAUGAAAAGGGAAUGCUGUGUGAAUUUUACCAAGAAACUCACUUAUUCUAGAAAGAAUGGACAAACCAUGGUUGUCAUUUGCUUAACCUUAAUAGUUCCUUUCCACUGAGUAAUUGGUAAUUACACGGUGACACCGAAUAUACUAAUGAAUCACCGUGUCAGUCUUGUUUUAUUGCUGCUGGAAAGUGGUAUAGCAGCUAAAUAGCUAUUAUUUUCUCCCUCUUGUAUGCUAAUAACAUCAACAAAGCAUGCUCAUGCAUGUUUUAUUGUUCAAUGAAAAAAACAAUACCUGCCGUUGAAAAGAUGUCUUUGCUGCAAUGCUGCACAUUUGUAAUACCAGCUCUCUUAUCUGCAUUCAAGAUGCAGCUUCAUGGACAAACUAUUACACAAAAAUAUCACUAUCUUUGCUAUGAUUGAGAUGUAACAGUGCACGAUGCAGACAGGUUCUGUGAUUUAUGCACCAUUUUACAAUACUUAUUGGUCUGAAAGCCUUCUAUUAAGUCAACCAGAAACUCAUUCCUGGUGACGAACGCCUGGGAAGGUUGCUAAUUUUCCCUGACCGAGGAAGGAGUGUGCGAUUAUACUAGUGUGUAUGCAUGUCUGUAAAAACCAAAUUGAUAAUAGAACAAAAUGAUAUUGACCGUGUUUCCUUCAGUACAAACCCUUCAGCAUUAUUAUCACAUAUGCCUUAUAUGUUUAGGGCCCUUAUAGCAAAACAUAAACUGAUCCCUAGAGUGAGUGACUACUGCUGGGUGCUGGUUUUAAUUGAAAAGAAAGCUUUUGGAAAUGUAUUAAUGUUAAACUGAAAUGCUAAUAGAAAAAUUAUACAAAAAAUCUAUUCAAUGUUGAAUUAAGACAGGAUAUAAGAAUGUUGUUUCCAGUAUUUGAUUGUUUUUAGUCUAUCAUUUCAGAAUUGCCUGCAAGGUUUGAUAUUUUGCUUUUAGCAACCCUUUAAACUUUUUUGUGUGUGUGUGUGUUGGAGCAAAUAUCAGUUCAUGCUUUCACAAACACAAUACUACUCUUAAGUGACCGUACCUGAACUGGGUAUAGGCAGGCUACCAAUAAUUAUUAAAAUAAAUUGGACUAAAUGAAAAAUCCAUCUUUGCUGGGAGUUGGCUCAUAAUGAUCUCAAUGCUGACCGUUCCAGUUCAAAAUCUGACUACAAACGUACCUCUUGGCAGCAUGUUCUUGAUUCUGCUCCAUAUUCUGCCAACCCUACGUCUCCUUGUUUACAAAUAUAUAGAAUGACAUUCAUACGAUGCCAAGUAAUUUUCGCGUGAAAGACAAUUGAGUACCACUGUGGUGGUAAUUUAUCAUGUUACACUGCAUUGCAAAGUCAGAUAUUGCGAAGUAAAAAUAUAUUACAUAUUUUAUUUAUAGACCCAAAAAACUCUGUUCGAGCCACAAAUGUUCCUAUACCAAUGCUUUUAUUUUUCUUUUAUUUUUUUAUUAUAUUUUUUUUUAAGAAGACACUAAUCUCAAAAGCAGGGAUGUUCAACAUACUGUACUAUCUCACCACUACAUUGGUAAGCGUGGAUGCCCCUGAGUUUGUUUUUGACUGCUUUACAGGUCUGCUCUACAUACUAUUGCUUGGGUAGUCAUUAUUGCAAAUCAUAUGUCUAGCAAAUAAACAUGACUUUUUUUUAUUUAUUGUUUUUAUCCACCGUACCAUAUAUAUUUACAAUGCAUUCAGGAAGUUUUCAGAUUAACUUUUUUCACAUUUUGUUGAGUUGCGACAGAGUGAAAACAUAUUACAGUUCUUUGCUAAUUUAAAGGAAAAACUAAAAUGUUGGAUUCAUAUAAGUAUUCAGACCCUUUACUCAGUACUUAGUUGAAGCUCCUUUGAUAGCACUUUCUGCCUCUAGUCUACUAAAGGUUGAUGCCACAUGGUUUGCACUCCUGGAUUUGGGGAUUGUCUGCCAUUCUUCUCUGCUGAUGCUCUUAAGCUCUGACGGGUUGGAUGGAGGUUUUAGUUCAGAGCUCUGGCUGGGCCAUUUGUGAACUUGCCCCUAAGAGCUACUCCUGUGUGGUUUUUUUUUUUUUUUUGCUUAGGUUUAUCAUCUUGUUAAAAGAUGAAGGUGGAAAUGUGAGCUUGAUUAGGUUUUCAUUAAGAGUAGCUCUGUUCUGAAUAUCUUUGCUUCAUCAACCUCCUUAACCCUGAACAGUCUCCCUGUCCCAACUGCUGAAAAACACCCCCACAGCAUGAUUCCAUCACCACCAUGCUUUACCGUAGGAAUAAUAUUGGGCAGGUGAUCAUCACUCUUUUAUUUGAGGCCACAAUCUUCAAUCUUAGGUUUCUCAGAGAAGAUAAUAUUGUUUUUCACAGUCUUAGAGUCAGUAAGGUACUUUUUUUUGGACUUUCGUGUGUCUUUUACUGGAGUGCUGCAGUGGUGGUUGUCCUUCUUUUAAAGUUUCUCCCAUCUGCACACAGGAUCUUUGGAGCUCAGCCAGUGUGACUAUUGGGUUCUUGGUAAUCUCUCUUACCAAGUUCCUUCUUCACUAAUUAUUUAAUUUGGUGGGGUGGUCAGCCCAAGAAAGAGUCCGGGUUGUUCCAAACUUGUUACAUUUAAGAAUUUUUUUUAGGCCACUCUGCUCUAGGGAAUUUUCAGUGCAGCAGAAUAUUUUAAAUGCUCUAGAUUUGUGCUCCACACAAUCCUGUCUCUGAGUUCUACAUGCAGUUCUUGCCCCCUCAUGGCUGGGUAUUUGCUCUGAUACGCAUUGUCCCCUGUGAGACAUAGUAAAGACAGUACUACGUCUUUCCAAAUUAUGUCCAGUCAACUGAAUUUACCCCAGGUUACUCAAGUAGACAGGAGAGCUGGGGCCUCAGCGAUCGUGGGGGCCUCAGCGGAUAGGGGAUAUGUUUCUCAGUAAAAUUGAGCAUAAGACUUCUUCUUUUUAAUGUUCAUAAUAGCUUAUUAUUGUAGUAUGACCACACACUAGAUGCUAAAUACGUGUUCCACAUCAUCUUUCCAUGGCUUCAUAUCAUUGGAUAUGUAGAACCCUAUGAGGACAGCAAGCAGCUUAACAACCAUGGCCUGGCUGCAUCUUUCUGUUAGCACAAAUGCAGACUAAACUGCUUGUUUUAAAGUUAUUUAUGUAUAAUAUAUGCAAAUCAGCUCAUCACACCACCUUCACAGGUAGUGUGUCCUGCAGUCAGUUCUGAGACUUCUUAACUGGAGCCUGAGCUGGUUGCAGGACACACUACCUGUGAAGGUGGUGUGAUUAGCUGUUUUGCAUAUUUUUUUACCCAGGAGCCCACAGAGUGCUAUAUUGCCUAUUGCCUACUUAAAUUUCCGUUUUACACCAGAAGUGGUGUCCUCUCCCUGA